CACCGUGUGAAUGCUCAGAGUUUGUGGGUGUGUCUCACACUCACUAUAAAACUCCAGCGCAGUGGCAUUCAUUAUCAGUUGAAGGAAGAAGGAAACAAUUUAUGAAAAUAUAACCAGCUGAUACAGCAGGUCUCAAUGGACUGGACCAUUUUUGUAAUUUUGCCUGUGGUGUUUCAGCCAUCUCUCUCAGUCCUGUUCACUGUUGAGGCAGAGCGAAACAUGUACGAGUCACAGUUCGGAGGAGACGUGGUGAUGGGCUGCAGGUUUCAGCCCAAGUCGUCGGAUCCUAGCGCUGACCUGAAGGUGACCUGGCACUGGAUCAAACCCGAGUCUGAUCGGGAAGUGUACCAGAUGAACAACGGAGCGGAGCGCUCGGCGUCGCCGGAGUAUCAGGGCCGAGUGAGACUCCUCACCGAGGAGCUGAGGGAAGGCUGGGCCAAGUUAAAGCUCUCCAGGCUACGAAUCAAUGACUCUGGUACUUACCAGUGUUUGGUGGAGACGGCAGAAGGAGCCGACUACAAAACAAUAGCUCUGUCUGUAGUAGCACCUUAUACAGCCGUGACUAAACGCCUUGAGAGGACGGCAGAGGGGGAUGGAGUGCUGCUGACCUGUCAAUCAGAGGGAUACCCGAAGUCGUCUGUGGUGUGGCAGGAUGAAAACCUGCAGAGACUCAGGGCCAACACCACGUCCGAGCCGACACCAGACCAGCGUUACAAAGUCACCAGCCAGAUGCGCGUCAGCUCAUCAGACAGAGACCGCUACACGUGUAACUUCACAAACGACGGCCGCUCUGCAACUUUUCGUCUGCCAGAGGAAAUACCUGUUCCACAGAAAAAAAACAAUGCUCUCAUUGUGAUAUUGAGCAUAGGCGUCGUAGUGGCUGUCGUCAGCGUUGCCGUGCUGAUGUAUCUACGGCGAAAAAAAGGAUCCAGGUCUCCCAGUGCCAAGAACCUUCUGGGCGAUGGCAGGCCGUUUUCUGCUGCUACCUGUGUACAAAUAGAUAAAGACAACGAGGAAGAGAGAACUAUUCCUAAUGAAGACGCCAUGGAGGAAAAUCUGAGGGUGUUUCUGAAAAAGCAUUAUUCUCAGUUCUUCGGUGAAGACGUGGGGCGCUCGUGGGGAGCUUUCGGUCUGGAGGAGCUGCCUCACAAGCUGCAAAACAAUGAGGGUCAGGCUGUGAAACUUGAAGCUCUACUCCCAGAAGCUGGAGAGACACUUUUCCUUGAGGGACCCCCAGGAAGCGGGAAGACGACCGUGGCCCACAUCCUCAUCUCUUCUUGGACCGAAGGGUCGACCAGCCCCCUUGGCCUCAGCUCCCUUCGACUCCUCUUACAUGUCGACUGCAGCGCUGUGGAGCGAGACUUGUUUCAGGAAGUAGCGACUCAACUCUCUCUCACGGAGAAGACAUCCAUGGAGGAUGAGCUGAGGACGGCGUUCACCAGGUCCAGCGAGGCCCUGCUGUUGCUGGAUGGGUACAGAGAAGGGAACCACGUUUUCGAUGUGUCCUUACAGAGGUUCCUGAGGGACAGAGGGGGGUGCAGGGUGCUGGUCACGGCCUGCCCCGGACACUGCCCCACACUCAGGGAGGCUUUUGGAACAGGAGGGGUGUUGAAGCUCCAAGCACAAACUGUGUAGUUCUGAGGCAACAAUGGUCUGGGACCAACAGACAUAUUGAACACUUGUUACUUUUUAAAAAAGAGACUGUCUGAUGUUUUGUUGUUGUUGUCGUUGUUGUCUGGUCAGAUUUUUUAUGAGCCCAAAUAUGCUGCAAAAUGUACAGAAUUCAAGCAGAAUACACCUUAUUUCUUUCCAUGGACGUCCAGAAUGUCAGUUCAAUUGAAACUAUUACAUGUUAACUGUUUUUUCUCUCUCAAGUAAAUGAAUAAAUAAAAAUCAGUUCCUUUA